ACAAAGAUAUUAUGGUUCUGAACAAGGAGGAUAUGCAUAUCCAGUUUACACAUUUUAGUACUCUAUACGCAUUAAUGUUCAAACUGACUCCUGGUGGUAAGAUUAAUGUUUCCCAUCUACUUAUGUACAAUCAUAAAUGGAUACAUGAUGCCAUCUCACCAAAUGAUAAGUGUGAUGAUUAUGGACUUUGUGGCCCAUAUGGAAUCUGUACUUCUGCAACUCCUCCUUAUUGUGAAUGUAUGAAAGGGUUUGAAAAAAUAAGUACUCCAAACGAAACGAGUCCUGGAAAUUGGACUAGUGGAUGUAGAAUUAGUAGACCCUUGAAUUGUGGGCUUAGAGACGGAUUUCGUAAGUAUUCAAGCUUGAAGUUGCCCGACACUCAGAAUGCCGUCUAUAACAGGAGCAUGAGUCUCCAAGAAUGCCAGGUCGCUUGCACGAAUAAUUGCUCUUGCACCGCUUAUGCAAAUCCAAACAUCACUGCAGGUGCACUUGGAUGCUUGUUAUGGUUUGGUGAUUUGAUUGAUGUUCGAGUGUACCAAGAAAUUGGACAAGAUCUUUAUGUCAGAAUGGCUGCCUCUGAACUACUAGAUUUGAUAGGUAGGCCAGGAAGAGCAUUUGAAAUAAACAAAAAGUCAAGUAGCAUGAAAGAAAAUAUAGAGUUGCCAUUAUUUACCUUAUCACAAAUAUCUGAGGCUACCAAUAAGUUCGAUGUCAAAAACAAGCUCGGAGAAGGUGGGUUUGGUCCAGUUUACAAGGGCAUGCUAGAAGGACAAGAGGGUGCCGUGAAGCUACUCUCGGCGUCAUCUCGACAAGGAUUUGACGAAUUUAAGAAUGAAGUUAUAUGCAUUGCUAAACUUCAACAUCGAAAUCUUGUAAAGCUCUUGGGAUAUUGCAAUGAGGAUAAUGGGACCAUUUUAAUCUAUGAAUACAUGCCUAACAAAAGCCUAGAUACUUAUAUAUUUGAUGAAAACUUGAAGCCAAGACUUAGUUGGUCACAACGCUUCCAUAUAAUUUGUGGGAUCGCUCGAGGUCUUCUUUAUCUUCAUCAAGAUUCCCAGCCUACAGUUGUACAUAGGGAUUUAAAAGCAGGAAACAUUUUACUUGAUCUUCAGAUGCGUCCAAAGAUAUCUGACUUUGGUUUGGCCAGAAUGUUUGAUGGACAAGAAAGUGAAGAAAAUACAAAGAGAGUAGUAGGAACUUUGGGAUACAUAUCUCCAGAGUAUGCGGUGAAUGGUGUCUUCUCGACCAAAUCAGAUAUUUUCAGCUUUGGAGUUUUGGUAUUGGAGAUUGUGAGCGGAAAGAAAAACAGAGGUUUUGUUGAUGAAGAUCAUAACGAUAACCUUCUUGGUCAUGCAUGGAGACUUUACAAUGAAAACAAGUCUCUUGAACUAGUUGACACAUGUUUACACAAGUCUUAUUCUGUUUCUGAAGUGGUGCGAUCAGUGCACAUUGGCUUAUUGUGUGUACAACAUCAAGCAGAAGAUAGACCAAAUGCACAAUUCGUGGUUGAUAUGUUGGACGGCGAAGGUUCAUUACCUUCUCCAAAAAAACCAGGUUUCUUUGUUCAAGGAAGUGAGAUCGUAUCCAACUCAGUUCUUCAUUCAAUUAAUGGGUUAACAUUAAGUCAGAUACAUGGUCGAUAAGGAACUAUUUGAACCACAUAUGUAAUUCUUAAGUGGUGAUAUAUUUGAGAUUACUAUAUGAAUUUGUAUAAAACAUAUGUAUAAAACUAGAUUUGAAUCCAAGACCAUAAAAUCACCCUACUAUCAAUUCAUCCAAUGAUGUUUGGACCUCGUUCUAUGGAAACAUAAUUCGUUUCCGUUUUCU